AUGUUCUCAGCAGCGUCACUCGCUCGCCGCGUCGCUAUUUGCACCAGAUGCCACGUGCGUCGCCUCUCUUCGGCAUCCACGCUCGGCUGUUUCCCAGGCACCGAGAUGCCUUUCGUACCCGACGUGGUGUUUCGCGACCCGAAGGAGAUCGACCCCAUUCCGUGCUUUCGCAUUCUGAACGAGAAUGGCGACGUCGUGGAGGGUGCCACGGACCCGCAGCUCAGCCAGGACCUGUGCACGCAGAUCUACAGCCAAAUGAUCCGUCUGAACACAAUGGACAAUAUUUUCUACGAUGCGCAGCGUCAGGGGCGCAUCUCCUUCUACAUGACGUCGUACGGCGAAGAAGCCAUCUCGUUUGGCAGUGCGUCGGCGCUUCGUCUUGGAGACAUGGUUUUUGCACAGUACCGUGAACCAGGUGUCCUUAUGUGGCGUGGCUUCACACUUCAAGAAUUUGCCGACCAAUGCUUCAGCAACAAGGACGGACACGGCAAGGGCCGUCAAAUGCCAGUACACUACGGGUCUAAGAACCUCAACCACCAGACCAUUUCGUCUCCGUUGGCGACACAGCUCCCUCAGGCCGCAGGUGCUGCUUACGCGUUUAAGUUGGCCAAGGAGGACCGUAUUUCGGUCUGUUACUUCGGUGAAGGUGCUGCCAGCGAGGGAGAUUUCCAUGCUGCGUUGAAUUUUGCAUCCACGAAGGACUGUCCCAUCCUCUUCUUCGUCCGAAACAAUGGAUUCGCUAUUAGCACGUCAACUAAGGAGCAGUUCCGUGGCGACGGUAUUGCUUCGCGUGGCAGUGGCUACGGUAUCCCCAUCAUGCGUGUCGAUGGCAACGAUUUCUUGGCUGUGCACGAAGCCACUCGCCGUGCUCGCGAGUAUAUUCUGAAGGAAAAUCGACCCGUACUUAUCGAGGCAAUGUCCUACCGUCAGGGACACCACUCGACUUCGGAUGACUCGACGCAGUACCGAGCCGUUGCUGAGAUCAAACAAUGGAAAGAAACCUGUGAUCCAAUUGAGCGGACUAAGCGUUAUCUGCUGAAACGUGGAUGGCUUACGGAAGAGCAGGAUCGUCUCAUGCAGGAUAACGAGCGGACAAAUGUGCUAGCAGCUUUACAACAGGCAGAGACAAAGGAACGUCCGGCUCUGGAGACGAUGUUUGAGGAUGUAUACGACGUCAAGUUGCCGCACUUGCUUGAGCAAGAGCGCGAGAUGCUGGAGCAUGUGUCAAAGUAUCCUGACUACUACGCUGAAGAGCACUAA